CACUCUCCCCUCAGUUCCACCUGAUCCCCUCCAGUCACAAUGGCCUCCCGCAGCUUCACCAAGACCCUCCGCGCCCCCGUGGCCCGCCAAUUGGCCUCUGUGCCCCGCGUCCAGCAGCGCACCUUUGUUGCUGCUGCCCGCGCCGCCGUCCGCGUCGGUGCUGUCGCCCGCCCCGUCGCUGCCGGCCCUGCUCAGCAGCAGAUCCGUGGUGUCAAGACCAUUGACUUUGCUGGUCAUAAGGAGGACGUCUACGAGCGUGCCGACUGGCCCCAGGAGAAGCUCCUUGAGUACUUUAAGAACGACACCCUGGCCCUCAUCGGCUACGGCUCUCAGGGUCACGGCCAGGGUCUUAACCUCCGUGACAACGGCCUCAACGUCAUUGUUGGUGUCCGAAAGAACGGCAAGUCCUGGAAGGACGCUGAGCAGGAUGGCUGGGUUGCCGGCAAGAACCUGUUCGAUGUCGACGAGGCCAUCUCCCGUGGUACCAUCGUCAUGAACCUCCUCUCCGAUGCUGCCCAGUCUGAGACCUGGCCCGCCAUCAAGCCCCAGCUCGUCAAGGGCAAGACCCUCUACUUCUCCCACGGUUUCUCCCCCGUCUUCAAGGACCUCACCAAGGUCGAGGUCCCCACCGACAUCGACGUCAUCCUCUGCGCCCCCAAGGGCUCUGGCCGAACCGUCCGAUCCCUCUUCCGUGAGGGCCGUGGCAUCAACUCCUCCUUCGCCGUCUACCAGGACGUCACUGGCAAGGCUGAGGAGAAGGCCAUCGCCCUCGGUGUCGCCAUCGGCUCCGGCUACCUCUACAAGACCACCUUUGAGAAGGAGGUCUACUCUGACCUCUACGGUGAGCGUGGUUGCCUGAUGGGUGGUAUCCACGGCAUGUUCCUCGCUCAGUACGAGGUUCUCCGUGAGCGCGGCCACAGCCCCAGCGAGGCCUUCAACGAGACUGUUGAGGAGGCUACUCAGUCCCUGUACCCCCUCAUCGGUGCCAACGGCAUGGACUGGAUGUACGAGGCUUGCUCCACCACUGCCCGCCGUGGUGCCAUUGACUGGAGCCCCCGCUUCAAGGAUGCCCUAAAGCCCGUCUUCAACCAGCUGUACGACUCUGUCAAGGAUGGCUCCGAGACCAAGCGAUCCCUCGAGUACAACGGCCAGGCCGACUACCGUGAGAAGUACGAGGCUGAGAUGCAGGAGAUCCGGGAUCUCGAGAUCUGGCGCGCCGGCAAGGCCGUCCGCGCUCUCCGACCCGAGAACCAGAAGUAAACUGGGGUUUAAUGAGUGUUGACGUGUGAGGGGAAGAAGGAAAGGAAAGGAAAGAUUUGGGAAAUGAACGGUCUUAUGAAAACAAACGCAUGAACUUUUGUACUUUAAUUUCUGGGAUCUUUGGGGGAUCUAGGCUGGUCCAAAAGUUGAUAUCAGGCUCGGAGCCAAACGAAUACCAAUUUCUUAUUGUUC